GAUAUUAAGACGUUCAGCCGAUGACGAGAACUCCGAUUAGACCAAAAUAUAGGCUUAGCUCAGCUGAUAUUCGUAUUUUGAGCUCAAUUACGUCGGAAUUUUGUUAAUCAUUAAGUUCAUGGGUUGCAUUGUAAGUGUAUCUGCCCUGGAGUCUUAGAGAACGAGCUGGUUAAAAUCACAAUCUUCGUCGCAUACCACAAGCUAAUGAAACAUGGAGCUGCUGCAGUUGCUGUGCUACACAUUCCUUCUGCUACUGUCGAGGAUGCUGGUUCUGCAAGCCGUCAGCUGGGAGGAGUGGUGGACCUACGAUGGCAUAUCAGGUCCUGCUUUUUGGGGUCUCAUCAAUCCGGAAUGGUCGCUCUGUAAUAAAGGACGUCGCCAGUCGCCAGUGAAUCUGGAGCCACAGCGUUUGCUGUUCGAUCCGAAUCUUCGUUUAAUGCAUAUCGACAAGCACAGGAUAAGCGGAAUUAUAAGCAAUACCGGACACAGCGUAAUAUUUACGGCCGGCAAUGAUACUGUCGCCAACUAUGAUGGCAUGCAGACGCCAGUGAACAUAUCUGGCGGUCCACUCUCAUAUCGCUAUCGAUUCCAUGAGAUACACAUUCACUACGGACUCAACGACCAAUUUGGCUCCGAGCACAGCGUCGACGGCUAUACAUUCCCUGCAGAGAUACAAAUAUUCGGUUACAACUCACAGCUAUAUGCAAAUUUCUCAGACGCCCUCAAUCGGGCGCAGGGCAUCGUUGGCGUCUCCAUUCUACUGCAGUUGGGAGACCUCUCCAAUCCCGAGCUGCGCAUGCUGACCGACCAGCUGGAGCGUAUCCGCUAUGGCGGCGACGAGGUCUUUGUGAAGCGGCUCUCCAUACGCGGACUGCUGCCCGAUACGGACCACUACAUGACAUACGAUGGCUCGACAACAGCUCCUGCUUGCCACGAGACCGUCACCUGGGUGGUGCUUAAUAAGCCAAUCUACAUAACAAAACAACAGUUGCACGCACUGCGCCGCUUGAUGCAGGGCAGUCCCGACCAUCCCAAGGCUCCGCUGGGCAACAACUAUCGUCCGCCUCAGCCGCUGCUGCAUCGACCCAUUCGCACAAAUAUUGACUUCAAGACGGCGAAGACAAAGGCCGCCUGCCCCACCAUGUACCGCGAGGUCUAUUAUAAAGCUACCAGUUGGAAACAAAACUAGAAGUCAAUGCCAUAACGUUCAG